GUCGGCGUCCGGGUGCAAACUCAACGCCGUCACCCUCGUUUAGGGCCCUCCCGAGGAUCCAGUCAAUAGCAUAGUUGAACAGAAUGGGCUACAGGUUAAAACCCUGUCGCACGCCAGACUGAAUACCGAACGGUUGCGAAAGAUUGUUGCAGACCAGGACUCUCGCAGUAGUGGAGCGAUAGUAGGCCUUGAUCGUGGCGAUGAUUUUUGCCGGUACACCAUCUGGCGCCAUUAUCCGCCACAGAGACUCACGGUGAACGGAAUCGAACGCGGCGGCAAAGUCAAUGAAGCAGACAGCCGUCGGUUGCUGGCAGCUAUGGCAAAAUUCUAGAAUGCACCCAGUGUGAAUAUCUGGUCUGCGCAUCCACGUCCAGCACGAAAUCCGGCUUGGUUGGGCGUCGUUCUUGAGUCACGCACAGCCUGGAAUCGCCUGAGUAGCAACGUCGAUGAGGCUUAUGCGGUGGUAUUUCUCGCAUCUUGUCUUAUCUCCCUUCUUGAGGACAGGUACAAGGAUGCCUAAGCCCCGGUCAUCAGUAACAACCUCUCCUCCCCAUGUUCGCUCAAUCACCUCAUGGAGCUAGGGCUCCAGAAUGUCAACACAAGACUUGAAGAUUUCAGCGGGUAUACCGUUCUGUCCGGGUAUCUUAUUGUUGCGUAACUUUCGUAUGGCAUCGGCGACUUCUCGAUCAGAGGAGGGGGGAGGGUCGCAUGGCACUGCAUAGGUGGGAAAGGGAAGGAACUCCACUGAAGAGGAGAGCAAAGAUGAGGUAGUUUGGGUAUCGAAGCUAAGAUGGUGCUCGAACUGCUCACGCCAGCGCUCGACUUUGGCCGAGUCGUCAGCAAUACAGCCGCCGUUCACGUCGCGAACAGAGUCACUCACUGUAGUUGACUUACCGCUAACUGGGCGGAUAAGUUGGUAGAGUUUUCGAGUGUCACCAACGUUCGAGGCCUGUUCCGUGGAGGUCGCUAUUUCAGCUUAAUAUUACUUCUGGUCAUGCCUGGCCGUUUUUCUGUCAUCCUCCAAAGUUGGCGGAAUCAGUCAUCGGUAAGAUCGCAGUUGGUAGCCAGACAUUUUACGCUGAUACUGUCGACGUAUUUACUUGUUAUCAGUAGGUGUGUUUACCUUGUCUAGGGAACUGGUUAUAAGUAGGUGCGCUUCUACUGCAUGAGGUAGGUCAGCCGUUUCUGUCAGGCUAUUGGGUUUAAUGAGGGUUAUGGUUAGGUGUAGGUUAGGUUUGAGGAUUAGGAUUUGCGUUAUAGGGUCCUGCUUCAGUGUUAGGAUUAGGAUUUAGGUUUAUGAUUAUGGUUUGAAUUUAGGGUUGGGUUUCGGCUUCAGGGUUGGGGUUAACGGUUAACGAAUAAUGGUUAACGGUUAAGGGGAGGGUUACGGUUAAGUUUAGGGUUAUGGUUAAGGUUAGAGUUACGGUUAAGGUUAGGGUUAAGUUUAAGCUUAGGUUAAGGAUAGGGUUUAGUUUUGAGGUUAGGGUUAGACUUAGUAUUUUCCGGAAAAGUUUUAGAACCUUGGAAUUAGGUUUUCCGUAUGAGGAUUCAUUGGGAUUUAGCUUUACGGCCUACCUUACUAAAACUUCCCUACAGUUCUUUUGGUAACUACUUUUUCCCAGAAACUCCAGCAUUUCUCCACCAGCACUUGCACUUGGCCCACCCAUAUAACCCCCUUUCCCACCAUUCCCGUAUGACAGGGACCUCGUUGUCUGCCUCCCCAGUCCUGGCUACCAACUGCGAUCUAACCCAGUUAUCGUUACGGGAUCUGACUCGAGCCGUCUGAGCAGACAACUGCAGGGUUCUUCCGCUGAUCCAGUCACUGCGUGACAAUCAUUCAAACGUGACGGUCGCUAGCUAGGCUACUCGACCGACGGUGUUGUGUUCUUAUCCAUGAAACGUUCGAUCCUAAGCUAAUGGAUUGUUCCUUUGUUCUGUAGGAGGACCUUCUGCGUGACCUGGCGGAUGCCGCUGUUGCUCUGGAGUCGGCUGGCCUCUUUGAGGCCCUGCAACCGGUCUACGCUCUUGUAACGCCGGUUUACGAAGCCAGGCGAGAUUUUAUGGCCCUCUCUAGGAUCUACCACCACCUGGGAGACGCCUACAAAGCCAUCAAUGAUGCAGAAUCACGAGGCCACCGACUCUUCGCCUCCUACUAUCGCGUAACGUUCUAUGGGAAGGCAAGUCGCCCCCCCCAUGCUUUUUUAAUCUGCUACGGACUAGCAACGCCCCCCUGUCAGCCAGUUUUGAGAAAAUACUGCUACUACUUUAGACUUCGCGGGCUUUUCGAAAUAUGCUAUAGCAUUAGCUGCUCUUCGCCCAAUUUGUUUAUGUGUCAGCCUGCCUUCCCAUAAUUAAAAACUUCCCUCCCUGAAUUCUCAUCUAACAGGCCUUUGAAGGAUUUUCGGGAAAAUCUUUCAUCUACCGCACUGGGCCCUGUCAAAAGUUGAGCGUAUUUAUCCAGUCCAUUAUGAAUGUGCACACGCAGCGGCUGGGCCGGAACAAGGUGCAACUUCUCGCCGAUAACUACGUCAGCCUCGAUGCCCUCUCCCCCGACAAAGCAUACAUUCAGGCUAGUCCCCGCCGUCUAUUUUACUAACAAUAACGCGCUACUUAAUAGUUAUUCAGUCGUAAUGCUUGAUGUCAUUUAAUUAUAGGUAACUUUUGUUGAACCCUACGUGCCUGAGACCUCUGACGACGCCCUCACUGCGUUUGAGCGCCAGCACGAUGUUCGCCAAUUCUUUUUUGAAACACCGUUCAUCAUGCAGCCGGGUAAGUAGUCUCGUGGCUUUUGUCCAAUCAUUUAGAGAGGGAUGUUGCCGGUACAAUAGCCUUUGCGCUCUACCUUCUCCUCCUGCGUCUACCCAGGUAUGUCUGUCGAGGCAUGUCUUACGGCACCCGGUCCCCGACGCACUGAUGACCUGACCGCACAGUGGCUGCGUCGCACCACGCUAACCACCGAAGCCACCUUCCCGCAUCUGCGCUGCCGUCUCGAAGUGACCAGUACUCAGGACACAGAUCUGUCUCCACUGGAUGCUGCCAUUGAAGCUAUUCAGGUUGGUCUCUGCCCCCCUCCCCCCCCCCUGCUAUGCAGCCUUUACAUCUCAUACCGAGAGAUGAUUUUUUGAGUACAAACUUGGCUCCCUUCUUCUAAAAUGGACUGGGAGAUUAAAACACCACCGUCUGAAGCCUGACCGGCCGAUGGCUCAAGUGACAGCGCGUACUUCUGACUUUGGCUGUCACCCCUUUUACUCAGACCUACUUCUGAAUUUGUUUGACUCACGAUAUGCGCAAGAUUUUUGGUUUUCUUGGUACUAUUUGACGAGUUGAAUAUUAGUUCAUAAACCCCAUCUCGCCAGUGUUUUAGCGUACGAGAGCCUCACGUAGGGGAUGUCUGGCAAAAUGGGUUUUACGAGUUGAAUUCUUACCAGUCUUACCGAAAGCUUAUUGGCCAUCCCGUUCCUUAUUGGCCUCCUCUUGUGCUGCGGACGAAUUAAUUCGGCCGUACGUAGUACACUGAACACAAGUUCUUCAUCUCUAACAGAGUGCUUGUUGCUUGGAACGCCCUGCCUCCGGAUGUCAUUAUGUCUGCUUCCGUCGAGGUCCUUAAGAGGAAGCUGAAUUUGUAUAGCCAUGUCCAGUAAAUUACCACCCGACCUUUGUAACCUUGACAAAUCCCGUUGUUGUAAUACUACUUUCUAUAUUUCAGUAACAUUUUAAAUUGAAUUUAUUGUUGUCCCAAACCUAUCUCAUACGCCUACUGGUAUGCACCUGUGCAAAUUUUGUCACUGAGGGUAUUAUUUAUUUCCCUGCACUCGAAACGACAACUUUACCACUGCUCGUACCACUAGCACUCGAGGAAGUUUGUUUAUCUGCACACAGUUUACGCUUUUUUGACUGUUUGUUACCUUUAUGAUACCUUUUCCAGUUUUUGAGAUUUUUCAGUUGCUUGUAUACAAAUAGGGCGUUCAAAGGUGAAGACCUACAUUUAUCUCAAUAAUACUGAACUGGAGCAUGUGAUGAAAAUGUGAUUUUCUGGCGUGUUACACUGUUUCAAUCGCAUUGUCCCUUUCUUUAAAAGGCCCUACCCGUAAAGUUUUCUUAACACAAUUCCGGUCUUAGAGUUCUUCUUUCGCCAAGGUGCCGGGAGCGGGGGGCUGUGCCCAAUCAUUUAAUGACGCCGUCUAUAUUAGCACGCAUUUUAAUAAUCCAGAGGACGCAGGUAGUCGCCUGGCUUAAGUUCAAUCUGCGGCCAGUCUGUUACACUUUUAUACACAUCCCUGAGUAUCCUAAUCGAACGUAAACUUUCUGCUGCCGACGGCAUUGAUGUGCCAGACAAUCCGCGCUUCAGCGUCAAGGCGAGAAAACUGCAGCUCACGGCAGGCUUCUUCUACUUUUUUGCUGGCAUGGUCUAUUUUGAGUACCUCUCACUGAAGCAUCUGGUCGUCUCGCUCGCGACGCUCCCAUUGUUCGAUUUCUGCCGAGCGUACUGAUGUUCACUUUGGAUGUAAUACCCUUGCACAUACUCUGCACAAGUCGACACAUUAUUCCAGUGUUUAUUGGUAUGAUCGUGUGCUAAUUCAUUCCUUUUGAAGCAGUUUUUUCAAAAUUCUCGGAGAGAAAUCCUUUCCACAGAGCCGGGAAAAGUAGGGAGAGCAACCACAAAGACUGUGUGACAUGGCAAACCAUACCUGCUGUAGUUUAUCCCUGUCUUCUUUUUCCCCACACUUGUUUGAUCAACUUCUGUCCAGCCUCUGUCUCGUAAUCCUACCGACAUUAAGCAUUUCGCUUCGAGAACUGUGGCUGCUGCAGCACGCCUUGGCGCCGGUUCUUUUCCACCGUUUGCCCAUAAACCUCUCCGUGCAAGGAUAUUUUCGAGGGCAUUGCUUAUUUCUGUUUAAUGCAUCCCGACUCUGUUGCCUAGCCAACUCACCUGUGAUUCUUCCCCUCUACAGAUGAAGACCCGGGAGUUGUCGUCACACCUUUCUUUGGCCCCACGAGAAAGCCCUCACUCAUGUGAGUUCAUCUCGUCACUGAUAAUUCUUCUCUGUGCGUUUUAUUGUGCAUGUAUUUAGUGUCGGUCACUUGCGAAUUCAUCGCACAGAGACCGGCGAACCAGUGCCUGGAGCACCAACCUACACCCACCGCACUCGCCUCCACUGCCCACACUGCCCUCGUACCUUCACGCAUCGCGUGGGUUUAUUCGGCCACAUGCGCAUACACGAGAGCGGAAUUGACCACAAUUCCGAAACACCAACCACGCCCAUCAUGCCCAGCACCACCCUCGCACCGUCCAUCUGCGCCACCACCAACGCCUCCUUUGUAGCUGAUUCUGACACCGCCGACUUCACAUGCCCACACUGUCCACGCACAUUCACCUCACGCAUCGGCCUGGUCGGUCACUUGCGAAUCCAUCGCACAGAGACCGGAGAACCAGUGCCUGGAGCACCAACCUACACCCACCAAGCUCGUCUCAACUGCCCACACUGUCCUCGCACUUUCUGGCACCGCAUGCACCUAUUCGGCCACAUGCGCAUCCACGACAACCUGCGGUAG